AUGCACUUCUUUAGAAAAGCGACUUUAGAAGAUUUGGACGAGGUUUGGUCAAUUCUGGAGUCAGCCAAAGAACUUUUGAAGUCACUGAAUAUCGACCAAUGGCAGGAUGGUUAUCCCAAUAAAAAACUUAUCAAGACGGACAUCAAAAAGGAUAGAAGUUAUUUAAUGAUUUGCGAGGGCGAAAUAGCUGCUGUGGGUGUUAUCCUGGUCGGUGUUGACCCUGCCUACACUGCGAUAGAUGGCCAAUGGAUGGGGCGCGAAAACGAGCAGAACUACGUUUCUAUACAUCGUACGGCUAUAUCGCCUAGAUUUCAGGGUAAAAAGCUGUCAAGCAUCAUGAUGACUGGCCUUAUUGAGAUAUGUUCAGAGAUGGGCUUCAAGGACAUCAGAGCCGACACUCACAAAGAUAACAAAACGAUGCAGCACGUUCUUGCCAAAAGUGGGUUUGAGUAUCGUGGAGAAAUUUAUCAAGGCAAUGAGUCCUGGAGACAAGCCUAUCAACUGCUUUUGUCUUGA